UCAAUUGUUUCUGCCUGCAUGAAUCUCCCCACCUCCGACUCCCUCUUCUUCCUCCUCCGGCCAGCGCCACCUGCCGCCGCCGCCCUCGCCGCCUCCACUCCCCGACGCGCUCCCACCCGCCACAGCUCCAGGCCCCCGUGCUACACCGCCUCGCGGCCGACAGCGCCCGCCGCCGCCCCGCACUACCCAGCCUGACUGGGCUCGUCGCCGACCACCUUCUCGCUCCGCCGCACGCUCCAUUCCGACCGGGAUCCAGCGAUCUCUACCACCUUUUUGGUGCCUUCUCCUCUUCCUUAGAGACCUCUCCUGCUGCUUCUCAUACUGGUUGGAGUGGAGAUCCCCGUCCGGGCCGAUUAUGCAGUGUUGUCCGGCGACCUCAAGUGGACACGCCAUGGUUCUCCCUCAACGAACCGCAGAAUUGCUGGAGGCGGAUGGCGCCCAGAGCUUUGUGCAUAAGCUUCAGCUCAGCAUCUCCAAGGGCCUUCCUCAUGCGGUGCCAGUGCCGGGUUUGAGGACAGAAGAGCAUGAGCUGGUUAAAGCUGUUUUCCAGGUGCUCCAGGGUUUCGAGACGUCCUUGCUCUAUUGGCACAGUGAUGUACCUGGGUACCGUGAGAAAGCGGGGAUAUAUGUGGCACACCUGUCGUUGACUGGCCUCAGGUCCGUGUUGAGUCCAUUUCUGUUCGUGGCGACAUGCUUGAAGCAAGUGGAGCUCUUUGUUGGGAAGGUUAGGACGCGAGGUCACGGCAUUCCGACAUUGGAUGCUUUUGCUAGCUCGGUUGAUUCUUGGCUUACGAGGCUCCGUGAAGCAGCUCUAGAGGAGGAAGAACAGCUAUUUAUUUCAGUCAACAAGACGACAACUCUACUGGGAUUAACUGAUUCUGUGUCAAGUUUAUGUUCUGGGGCAGAACAUUUGUCUCAAGUUGUGCAUGGGGCUGUGCCAGAUGGCUUUUGGAAUUCUGGUGCACAAAUGGCAUCUAGUGAAGUUGCAGUUCAUAUUCUCAACCAUCUUUUUAAGAAGUUAAAUGAAGUCUGUCUUGUGGAAGAUGGCGAGGGUGAACCAUAUCAUAUGCUGCUAGUGAUAUUUGCUGGAAGCUUGUUACCUUAUCUUCAGUGUCUUGAUUCCUGGCUUUACGAUGGCAUCCUUGAUGACCCUUAUGAGGAGAUGUUCUUUUAUGCGAAUAGCGCAGUUACAAUUGAUCAACCAGCAUUCUGGGAAAUGAGCCAUAUGCUCAGAGUAAGAGGUUCACGACCUGACAGUUCAUCAACUUCACCUGAUAGUGAAUCUAUCAGGAAAAGGGAACUAAGCAACAAGGAAUCAACUACUGCAGGAGCUUGCUUGAAAACGAGCAAUCAAGGUUGUGUGGAUAUAUUAUGCCCGGUGUUCUUGAAGGACAUUGCAAGGGCCAUUGUAUCUGCUGGAAAAUCUUUUCAGCUAAUUCAGCAUGUUCAAGAUGUGCAUCGAAUUCAAACUCAUAAAGGUACACAUGUGUUCAAUGUUGAUCAGAAUACCAAUUGCAAUAGUCAACAUAAACUCUGGCCAGACACCUCAAGUUUAAGAAUCCAAGAUGGGCAUCCAAGAAGCGAAGAUGAUCUUGAAGAAUCCACACGUCAGUUUGGAAAUGAUUCUCGUGAAAUGGGACUCUUAACAUUGUCUGAGAUUUUCCUGAUAUGCCUUUCUGGUCUGUUAGAAAAUGGUGACCAUGUUUAUCAAUACUUAAGAAGAUUCCAUGCUGAUAGUGUUCCACCUAACAAAGCUUUCGUGGAAAGUAAGAGUAACGUGCAAGAAACAGAGGAGACAUAUGCAGAAAACAACUCUGAAAAGACUUGGGUAAAGCUCCUAAGAGAUGCUACCUCAGGAAGGAAAUAUGCUGUUAUGGAGAAAACCUUAUCCAGAAAUACUGUUACAAAGGAGCCAGUAUUUGUCCUUGGUGACCCAAAAGAUGCAUCUUCCAAUGGAGUGGAAAGGCAUUUCACUCUAUCUUGCUAUGAAAAUCCAGCCAUCACUACUUGCAGAGAGGUGUUACAGAGGAAUCCAAACUCUUGGAGUGAAUUGAAUAUCUCUGAAAGUUUUCAUCUCCCCCCAAUGAAUGACGAGCACAUGCGGAGAGCUAUAUUUGUUGAUGGACAUCUUGCAGGAACUAGCACUGGUGGUGAUACACAGUCCACAACCUCUUUCCCCAGACUAGAUGGAACUGACUAUAAGUUUGGUUUCCAGUUCGAUGAUUUGGAAUAUGCCCGUCAGGAGGAUGACAGAAGGAUCUUGGAGGACCUCUAUGCAUUUCCAACUCUUCUUCCUUGUGCAAAUGAAAAUGUCCCGCUGUCGGAGAUCUUACCUAUGCAAAAAGAUAGUACCCUUUCGUCAAGAGUUCUGAAGUUUAUUCGGGAUAUGAGUUUGAAAGAUCCUCUUCAACCAGUGGGUGUCAUCCAAGAAUGCCUUUCUAGAUGCAUAAAGAGACAGGUGGACCAUAUUGGCAAGCAAAUCUUGUCCAAGCUAAUGGGUGAAUGGAGAUUAAUGGACGAACUCUUUGUUUUACGUGCUAUAUAUCUGCUAGGAUCAGGUGACAUGCUGCAGCACUUUCUGAUAACAAUUUUCGAUAAGCUUGAUAGAGGGAAAUCCUGGGAUGAUGAUUUCGAGUUGAAUAACUUGUUGCAGGAAUCCAUAAGAAAUUCAGCUGACAAAAUGCUCCUAACUGCGCCUGAUUCUUUGGUUGUUUCGUUAGCAAAACAUGACACACACAAUGGUGAGGAAAGUGCAUCAACAUCCAAAAAAGGUCGUGCACUAGGUUUUGGCAUUGAUGCACUUGACAUGCUUAAUUUUACAUAUAAGGUGUCUUGGCCUCUUGAUCUAAUUGUUAAUACGGAGGCACUGAAGAAGUAUAAUCAGGUUAUGGGAUUCUUACUGAAGGUCAAGCGGGCAAAAUUUGUUUUGGAUGAAACCCGGAAGUGGAUGUGGAAGGGCAGAGGAAGAACAGCACAUAAUUUUAAACAACAGUUAAUAGUAGAGCAGAAGCUCCUCCAUUUUGUCGAUGCAUUUCAUCAAUACGUCAUGGACCGAGUAUAUCAUAGUGCAUGGACGGAGCUUUGUGACGGCAUGGCAUCUGCUACCACACUGGAUGAAGUCAUGGAAGUUCAUGAGGCAUAUCUCUCUUCUAUUCAGCGACAAUGCUUUGUGGCCUCUGAUAAGUUGUGGGCUCUCAUUGCCAGUAGAGUUAAGACUAUUCUUGGAUUGGCGCUCGACUUUCACAAUGUAGAACAAACUCUCAGUACUGGUGGGACUGCUCCAGCUGUAAGGACAAGAUGCGAGAUGGAAGUUGAUCGGAUUGAGAAGCAAUUCGAUGAGUGUGUUGUAUUUCUCCUGAGGAUCCUAUCUUUCAAGCUCAACGUUGGCCAUUUUCCCCAUCUCGCGGACCUGGUUACAAGAAUCAAUUACAAUCACUAUUUCAUGUCUGAUAAUGGGAGCUUCUCUGCUAUUCCUGGGUCUCGGCCACUGUAGCAGUUUAGCAACGUCAGCAGAGUUGUUGGUGUUGCUCUCCAUUUACGAAGAAUGUAUAUGCCAGAGUUGUAUUUUGUUUUCCUUUUUUUUUUGCGUUGUGACAUACAAAGCUUAGGCAGCACCAGUUGUAACCUAACGUGUUUUACACAAGAUUUGGAUAUCUUCGUGCAAAUGCUUUCUUCCAAGUUGGAAUUAAUCUUUUCCGUUGUUCAUCAACCGUAUGUCCAGAUCUUCAGAUUAGGCGGUAGAAUAAAUUUGCAUGCGGGAUUUUAUGGUUUAUGUGCAUGAUCUGGUUCACCUCGUCAAAGAAAGAAGUUACCAGGUACUCCCUGUCAUAGCAGCAUCAGCUGAAGCACUGGUAACAUUGCUUG